AUGAGACGACAUAGACGAGAGAAACCGAUAGGUGCAGCGCCGGGUAUACGAGAUAGUCUGUUAGCAAUCCUGAAAACAUCAUGGCUAAACCUUCUCCUCGUGUUCAUUCCGCUAUCCUGGGCGUUCAACUUCGCCAUGCCCGAUUCGUACACUCUUGUUUUCGUCUUCUCGUUCCUUGCGAUAAUUCCGCUUGCCAAGCUCCUGGCAUUCGCGACAGAUGAGCUUUCGAUGCGGGUAGGUCAGACGUUGGCUGGGUUGUUGAAUGCUACGCUCGGGAAUGCCGUCGAAUUGAUCGUAGCUAUCCUGGCACUCAUCAAAUGCGAGCUUACGAUCGUACAGUCUUCACUCGUCGGCUCCAUCCUCAGUAACUUGCUCCUCGUGCUCGGCAUGUGUUUCUUCGCCGGCGGGACGCGGUUCUCCGAGCAAGGUUUCGGUCUGAGCGCGACGCAGCUCAAUUCGUCGUUGCUCACGCUCAGCGUGAUCGCGGUGCUGUUGCCCGCUGCGUUCCAUUCUGCGGUGACGCCGCUUAAUAGGUACACGGACCCGCUUACGGAUGCUCAGGAGGGCAAGGAUAUUCUUUCGAUCAGUCAUGGAGUUGCGAUUAUCUUGCUUUUCAUCUACGGCUGCUACAUCUACUUCCAACUCUUCUCGCACAGGGCCCUCUACGAAGACGAUCACCCCAAUGUCCUCGCCACGAUCCCCUACCCGAACCACGUAGACCGCAUGAAGAAACACAAGAAAUCGGCUUCAUCGCGCGCCGCGACGCCCGUCCCCGGAGAUCGCGAAGGCGCUCCUUCUCCCUCUCCUACCCACCCCACUCACGGCUCCGUCCCAAGCACGCCCAACGGAACGACCACGGCUCUCGCGGGCCCGUCUGCUGACAUGAAGGAAACGGACAGACAGUCUUUGGGGAGACAGAGUCUCGGAGUCCCGGGGAGCGAGGAGGACGAGGAGGAGGAGAAGCCGAUGAUGAGUGUGCCGAUGACGAUUGCGCUGCUUGCUGUUGUGACUGUGCUCGUCGCGGUCACGGCGGAGUGGCUGGUGGAUUCGAUUAAUGGGCUUGUGGAUCAGGGUGGGAUUAGCAGGGAGUUUGUGGGAUUGAUUUUGUUGCCGAUUGUGGGGAAUGCGGCGGAGCAUGUUACGGCUGUUACGGUCUCGGUGAAGGAUAAGCUGACGCUUUCGCUUGGGGUUGCUGUUGGGUCGAGUAUCCAAAUUGCACUCUUCGUGAUCCCGUUCAUCGUCACCCUCGGAUGGAUGAUGGGCAAGCCGCUCACGCUCCUCUUCGACCCGUUCGAGUCGAUCGUGCUCUUCCUUGCAGUUCUUACCGUGAACUACGUCGUACAGGACGGAAAGUCAAAUUGGCUAGAGGGAAUGAUUCUUAUGUGUCUCUAUGUGAUCAUCGCCGUCGUGUUCUGGUUCUACCCAGGAUCGGAUCCGGCCGGUGUUCUUGCGUCGUGCACCACAUGA